AUGCCGGGGUUCCUUCAUAUUUACCUUGUUUCGCUUCUGGUAUUGACUGCCACCUCGUUCGCCGCCCCAAAUUGCAAGACUUCCCCUGGCGAUUUGACGUGGCCAUCCCCAGAAGAGUGGAAUACCCUUAACCAGACCAUUCAUGGAAGCCUCAUAAAGACGGCCCCAGCUGGCUCCUCGUGCUAUCCGGGGAAUCCUUUCGGCUCUUCUGAAAACUGCACCACAGUGAAGGAGAAUUGGUCAUACGCAGCCCACCAUGCAGCAUGGCCAGAAAGUGUGGACUACUCCAUCUACGCAAAUAACUCGUGUUUGCCUCCUGGAGUCGAUGGAUACUCCAAAGACAAGGGGUGUAGCAUCGGAGGACUGCCGCAGUAUGUCGUGAAUGCCACAUCCGAACAGCAAAUUGCCAUCGCAAUGAAAUGGGCAUCUAAGAAAAACAUUCGAAUUGUGGUUAAAGGAACAGGGCAUGAUCUUGGUGGCCGUUCUACCGGCGCCUAUUCUCUUUCAAUUUGGACACAUAAUUUCAAGAAAAUCGAGAGAAGGCCUGCAUGGAAAGUAGCUGGAAGCAAUACUACCGAGGAUGUCGUUAUCUGUGGCAGUGGUAACAAUUGGGGAACUGUCUAUACUGCAGUACACAAGAUGAACCGGACAGUGGUUGGCGGGGAAGAUCCCACCGUAGGACUCGGUGGCUUGAUACAAAAUGGAGGCCACGGGCUUCUUUCAAGCCACUACGGCCUUGCUUCUGACCAGCUGUAUCAAGUCACCGUGAUCACAACCGAGGGCCGCCAGUUUGUCGCCAAUGACAUCCAAAACCAAGAUCUGUUCUGGGCGAUUCGUGGUGCUGGGGGAGGUCAAUACGGAGUGGUCACCGAAUUCGUGUUGAAAACGCACCCAGUUCCUGCCAAUGUGGUUAGUGGCGGGCUUACGUUCUAUCCUGCUCAGAAUUCGAAUGCCAGCAGUGAAGCAUCUUGGAAUGCAAUGGCCGAAGUUGCGGCCCAAAUCCCUGAUAUGAUGGACCAUGGAAUCACAGGAACUGUGACUGCUCUAACCAAGCAGAAGGCCAUGUCAUUCUUGGGACUGAAAGAGGAUCUGCCUGGUGUCUCUGCUAUGCUCAGUCUUACUGGUUUUAACAUGACCACGAAAAACAUGAAUGCCACCCUCAACCAACUGGCUGCUCGGAUCAACGUUGAAAAGGUCAACAUCACUAUGCAGUCACCUUCGUCUAAAGGCUACUGGGCAUUUACCAAGCCAGAUCCUCUUUCCAGCGCUAGCUGUGGAUCCGUCAGCAUAAUGACAAGUCAUCUUCUGGGAAGACAUGAGCUUUCUGAUAUUGCUAAAGAAAAGCUAGUCACAUACCUCAAAGACAUCAUGGUUUCUCGGAACUCAACUGCCGGCUCGAUGCUUUUGUUCGGAUUGCAAGCAGGCAAGGGAACAGCCAAUACGCCAGAAAAAAGGCGUGGAAGCACUCUUCCGGCUUGGCGUGCAGCCUAUGCUCACACCAUGGUUUAUGGAGCUUCCGUCAAUGCCAGUGGUGAUCCGAAUCAGUCCAUGAGAGAGGUGGCAAACUGGUUAGAUACUACCUGUGAGCCUGUUUGGAAACAGUGGGCACCGGAGAGCGGCUCAUAUAUGAAUGAAGGCAAUCCUUUCACGAACAACUGGAAACAUGACUUCUAUGGAGAGAACUAUGAUCGCCUUCUGGGGAUCAAACACAAAUAUGAUCCCACUGGGAGUCUGUUCGUCUGGAGCGGAGUUGGAAGUGAUGAGUGGAGUCAUGAUUUGAAUAGCGGUCUUCUAUGUCGAGUUUAG